AUUGUGAAAUUUUUUGUUUUUGCGUAACUUGAAAUACAUAUGUAUGUAUAUUGUCUAGUUGCUUUCAGUUGCCUUGUGCGGUGAAAAAAAGCAUACGGAUUUUGUGUACUAUUGAGAUAAGCUAAAAGUGCGCCGACGACAAUACCACUAAACAGCUGCUGCUGAAAUGCCGCAUGAUCCACCAAAACGUAACCAGCUAAACACAUCAGCUAAAAAAUAAAACACCAACAACAUACGUAACCUUCCGAACGCAUUUACUUUAACCCACAUACAUAUAUUCCUACAUACAUAUAUGUUUGUAUAAUGCCCGAGCGAAGGGCAGCAACGACCAUACAUCCAAUGGAUGCAGAACGUUUACUCGGCAUUUUUCUAGCGCUCAUCGUGCUCUCACCCUUUGCCGGCGCUUGCUCGAGUCGUGCCAUACAGAAACCAGCCGCGUCGCCACCGCCCUUACCAACGGCCGCACCAUCCGAAGCUACGGCAUCGACUACACCGCGCCCAAACAUCACAUUCCCCAUCUAUAGCUGUCCGCCUACAUAUGCCGCUUGGUAUUGCCUAAAUGAUGCCACAUGCUUUACGGUUGAAAUUCACAAUGAAAUACUUUACAAUUGUGAGUGUGCCACCGGUUUUAUGGGACCGCGUUGUGAGUACAAAGAGAUCGAUGGCUCAUAUUUGCCGACACGUCAACGUGCUAUGCUCGAGACGGCCAGCAUUGCGAGUGGUGCCACAUUAGCGCUGCUCGUUGUGGUCAUACUGUGUCUAAUGUGGUAUAUACGCUAUGAUAAGCAACGGCAAAAGUUGAAUGAGAGCGCCGAGGCGGCACACGACAAUGAGGGUCUCGACCAAGUGGACGGUAUGACGCGUCUGCCUAUGCGUCGACCAUUCGGUGAACAUCACUACAAAACUUUACCGCUAGCUGCAGCCUUUAAGCGUUAAUUUAGCUACCUACAUACAGAUUUAGAGAGAUACUGAGAACCAUAGUUGACUAGAGUCUACUGGAUAGUCCGCUAGCAUAUAUUUAUGGAUGUGCAGCUAACAUACAACUGGCAACUAAACGAUAUAUGCGGAAAUUGAUUAACAGUUUACAACGCUAACGGCUAAUAGAAUUACUAAGCAUAAUGAGCACAUGUUGGAAGAGAAGUGAAGUACAGAAAAGACAAAGAAAUAUGUUAAAAGUUAUGCUUUUGCACUUUAAUGCCAUUAAUUCACAACAGUUUUGUUUACAAAAAAAUUGUAUAACCAAAAAGCGUUGGACAAUUUCAAACUCUUUGGAGUUUUUUAUGUAAUUUUAUUUUUUUAUUGUUUGUUUAUUAAAAACGUGCAUAAGAAUAUGAAACGCUCUAAAACUAAUUUGUAUAUUUUGAAAUCGCUAAAGUUGUAAUUUUACCGUUAAACACACAAAAAAUUGUGUCAUAAAGCCGAAUGAAAACAUUUUAUAUAUUUUUUGUUUCUCAAUUAUGAAUAAUUACGUUUGCAUUCGGCAACUUUUAGGCGCAUUUCAAAUAUUUUUUCAUUUGCUUUUAAUUACAGACAUUUAAAUCGUGCCUUUUUAUAAAAUCGCACACGUUUUUACGUGAAUUUGCAUUCCAUUUGCAAAUACUUCAAAAGUAUGCAUUUGGUAUUGCAAUAAGUGACCUUGAGACAUUAUAAACAAUUGCAUAAAAUUUCCAAAUCCACAGAGGCAGCAGUUGUCCAAAUAACGCUAAAAAAUUAAUCUUACAUAUACUAAGUUGAAAAUGUCUCACACACACCAGUGUACGCGCGUUUUUUAUGCGCCAAAAAUUGCCUUAUUAACGUUUAAACAAAACGCCGAAAAUGAAAAACCCGGCUAACUAAAAAGCAACUAACUGACGCGCAUUGCUACAAUUAAGCUAUUGUUUUUUG